UACCCCAUUCACCGUUUGCUCGCCGUAGUCGUACAUUAUUCCAAAAAAUAAACGAUACUAUUAUCAGGUUCAACAGAAAAACGACAUAGCAAAUAGUAGAAUCUACAUUCUGUUACAUAAGCUAAACCAAAAGCAAAUAUAAAACACUAUCUAUUCGUUUCAAGAUUAAUUGUAUAUGUACGGUUGAUCGCGAUCUAUUGUCUAGCCGUAGAAACGAAUUUAGAUAGUGAAACCAUGUCCGAAAAAUCAGAUUUGGUAGACAUUGUUGGCCUUCGGGAUAUACAAACACCUUUCGGGGUGCAUUUGUCAGGGAUCUAUAAACGGAGUUUCGCUUACAUAACUCUCAAAGACAGAUUACCAAUAAUUUUAACUAAAAUAAUCGAUACCAUCAGUCGUGAUAAGGAAAACAUUGCACAAAAAUUUGGGGAGAAUGCCACGGAAGAAAUUAAGCAAUUGGUAGGGUUUAUUAGUAAAUUAAAAAAUGAAAUAGUUACAAACAAAACUUUAAAGCCCCUACAAUUGUUACCUGUAAGUAGUAAUGACGCUGAAGAAUGGAAUAAAUAUUUAAUGAAAAGAACCGACAUAGAAGGUGGUACGCCGACAUGGUUUAAUACAGAGUGGUUAUAUUGCGAAUGUUAUAUGUAUCGGGCGCUUGCGCAAGAGAUUGCUCUUAAGAAGUAUUUACGCGACUAUGAUCCUUUUAGACAACAGAAACAAAGUGCAUUUACUAAUUCACUGAGUAGCAUAAAUGCGCUUUGUACUUAUACGAUGAAACACGUACAAAGAGCAGAAUCUUUAUCGGAGGUUGAAACUAAAGAAGAACUUCUUAAGUUUCUUCAACUAAAUCUUUGGGGCAACAAAUGCGACUUGUCGCUAAGCGCAGGUGCGGAAGUUAGCACGACUAGUAACCCUAUAGAAACUUUACAGUCGAUACGUAAAGAUAUUCUUGUAGAUCGAUCAGAAUUUGUGUGGAAUUUCCUAAGGAAAAAAGAAAGCGAUACAAAUAUCAUAGACAUGGUAUUCGACAAUGCAGGAUACGAACUAUUCACCGAUGUAUGUCUAGCAGUAUUUCUGAUCGCUUGUAAACUAGCUGGAAAAAUAAGAUUUUACGUAAAACUUUAUCCGUGGUAUGUCAGCGAUACUACAAAAGACGAUUUCUAUUGGACUCUACUUUAUAUGAACAAUUCGCCAAAUAAAGACCUACAAGAAUUAGCUAAAUUAGCUUCCGCUCAUUUAAAGAAUAAUACAUGGAUCAUCGAGGAAGAAUCCUAUUGGACCGGACCUUAUGAUUUUGCAGCUAUGAAAGAGCAUGACAAAGCGUUAUAUGCAAAACUAUCGGAAGCUAAAUUAGCAAUAUUUAAAGGUGAUUUAAACUAUAGGAAAUUAGUAGGGGAUAUAAAUUGGGAAUAUACAACAGAAUUUAGUAAAUCAUUGAGAGGUUUUCAACCAACGCACGUUCUUAGUCUGAGAACGGUGAAAUCAGAUGUUUGCGUUGGUUUACCAUCCGGUAUGGGAGAGGAACUAUUUAAGAAAGAUGAAAAUUGGAUGAUUACUGGACAAUAUGGACUUAUUCAAACUACUUUGGCUGGAACGUGCCAAUGUUCCAAUACAUGUUAAAAUACAAAAAUACUUCUAUGUGCUAUUGUAUGUACUUUGUACAUGUCUAUUUGCUCCUUGUAUUAUAUUUCAACUUCUAUGUAUUCAAUGUAUAUAAUUGAUUGUACAUACAUAUAUGGUGUAGCAC